AGAGUCUUCGGUUCUGUCUUGUGCAGGUUAACUGGUCUGCAGGAGCUGAGGAGGAAAAUCCAGCGGCACAGUUAAGACUGUAGCCAUGGCAUCUGUAUCGUACCGGGAGCCAACAUCUGCCACUGUGGGCAAACGGAUGAUUGUUACAGGUCCAGAUUAUAUAAAGGAGCAUUUACCUAAAGUUCACCAGCACACUUCCUACGUAGGAGAAAAGCGUCCGGCGUUAGAAAAAACCGGAGAUCUCAGAUAUCUGUGGAGGCCGGCCUCAGACAGAAGCAUGCCAGCAAGAUACAAACACGAGUAUGUUGGUGGAGUUGGCUGGGGAGUGCAAGAGUAUAAUUUCAUCAACAAAUCAAGACUUGAGAGUGGCUUUCAUAUCAAGUAUGGAGAACAAAGUCAUGCUGCUCUUGAUAAAAUAACCCACAGAUAUCAAAACCCAUGGCAACCAAAACCUCAUAUCCUGGAUAUGCAAGGAAAAUACAGUCGCGGUUUUAUGGCCUGGCAUAUGGGUGAUUAUGAGGAAACCAAUCAGAGAAAUUCCAAGUGGGCCAUUCUUGUUAGGCAGAGUAAGUCACCAUCGCCAAGAGCUUGCAAACCAUCUAAGCUGCCAAUGCUACCAAAUAAGGAAAAGGUAUGA